AUGCCGAGUAAACAGCGCACCUUCGAAUUGGUGGAUGUGCCAAAAGUCCACCGGCCAAUGACUAGCAAACAGGCGAAAAAAGCAUAUCAAAAAGCAAAUAGAACGCCACGAAUAACGAAAGCCGAGCAAAAGCGACGAGAUGCCGAGGAAUUGGCGAAGCACAGGAAAGCAUAUGAAAAAGAACAAGCAGCUGCAAAAGCCAAAGCGGCUAGGGAUAAGAAAGCUGCAAAAGCAUUGGAGCAGAAAGAAGAGAGAAAGAGAUUGGGGGUACCGGAACCUAGCAGACAUGUCAGAGCAAGUCAAUCGAGGAUUUCUAUGUUUAUUGGGCGGGGAAACAAGAGAUCGCAUGCAACAGAAAAUAAGGGAGAAGACUCUGAAGGUACCAUGUGCGACGAAUUGGAUGAAGAGCCGCCCGCGAAACGGACUGCGCAUCACAACUCCGAGGACGAGGGCGAGGAGGAAGCUGUCUCGAAAUCAAAUGCUCUUCACGACUUCGAGCAUGAGAAGGGAUGCCAAAUGGAACAACUUGCGAAGAAUGACCUUGAUGAUAAAGAGGCUAUUUCCAAAAGAGUAAUUGUACCAGAAGAUUCCGAGGACGAGUUUGGAGACUUUCCCCCCUUGUCAGAUAGAGAUAUUUCGUUGUUGGACAGUAGUUCCAUGCAUUCUACUCCUAGGCCUAAAUCUACAGGAGUGAGAGGACCUCCGAUUCAAAAAUUCAUCGCAUCAUUCGAUAAUGAACAAGAGCUGCCAAGGAUGAAGAAUUUUGAAAGGGAGCAAAUGUCGCCUGGCGACCCUUUUCAGUUAGAAGACAUGCUUGAUUGCCAAAUCCGUUCCGAAGCAGCAGACGCAGCCUGUAGCCCUGACUGUAAACAAGCAGUAUCAUUUGAAAAAGAGCAGAUCAUUAGAGACGAUACACUAUCUAUGAUUGCCACUUCCAACCGCCUAGUAGAAGAUCUGGCAUCGAAGCGAGAGCUUCUGUGGCAUGCACCUAUUAAUGGUAGACACGGCACAUCAAUACCAUUCGUCGAUACAAAAUCAUCAGCUCUACCUAGAGUGUCAAAUGCUAAAGAGAAAUCCUCAAACUCAAAUUCAUCAGAUACUAGAAAUCAAUUUGACCCACCUUCUAAGAUGAAAUUCAAUGGAACCACAACACCAGGCAUGGACUUGCGCCAAAACUCCAAGGCAUUAGAUAUCAGUUUGCCUCGGACGAAAAAGUCACUUUCCAUUGAACCGGCCACGUCCAACAAAGAAACUACUCUACGUCUUAGUGCAUCGUCUCGAAUGACUGGUUUGGGAAAGCAAACUUUUCGCGAGGAGUCUGUUCAACCUCCUAUGACAAAGUCUCAUUCUUUCGAACGAACACCUACCAAAAAAAUGCCCGUCCAAGCCUCCAGGUCAGUAUCUGGUACUCGCUCAGCACUCUGGGAGAGAUCUACCAACAUGAGGCCCCCGACUCUUCCCCCAAAAAGCAAAAUCGGCACGACUCUUGCCGCCCCACUCACCAACAUGAGAACAGUCAGCAAUUUUGAUGUUCCUCCAUCUUCCACUCAAGCAUUUCUUGAAUCCCAUUAUGACGAAUUCUUCCCCAGUCCAACUCAAGAAGCUAGAGAACUGUGUGAAGAACCCGUUGUACCUCUGACUUCCAUCUGUUUGAAAACGGAUUUUAGGCAUCAAAAUCAUCGCGAGAAGCAGGACGAUGUGCAUGAUGAUGGUUCCAAGAUCGCUGAUGAUGACUUUGGAGGCAUGCUGUCUACCCAAGAACUCAGAAUGUUUUCGCAGAAUUGGGAAGUUGCUAGUUCACCUUCCCAGCAAGGAGAGGCAAAGGAGAGCCAGUUCGAAUCUAGCGAAGAGAUACCAGCAGCACGUGAGGAUACAAAAGAUUUGAUUUACAGUCAGGAUUCCUUGCCUUUGAGCCAAGGACCCGCUGGGCUGGAGUAUUUGUCGAAAGUCAAGUCACCAAUAGCUAGUACCUCGCAGCCAUCGCAAGCUCAAAUAUCUAAUUUCCACCAGCAUCAAAAUUCAACACCAAAGCUACAAGAACAACCUGGUGAACCACCUUGUAUCAGCACUCCCAAUAUCGACCCUGAGAUGGAGCUUACUCCGAAACCAAGGAGAUCGCCUUGGUUCAAAGAAAAACCGGAGGAUAGACAUACAAAAAAGAGGUUCUUUACCGAGAAACCCGAGGAUUUGGAGGCAGCCGCUCUCGCAGAGAGUAAGAAAGCAUGGGAUGAAAUUAAGGAGGCAACUUCAUCCAACAGACAUAACUUUGAUGACGAUCUCGAUCCUGAUGUAGAUGGGCUGCUAAUAGCUGCCCUUGCGGAAAGCAAAGAGUGGGAUGAGGUCUACAAGGCAGUUGUUCCCACGCCUACACCUAGGAAGACUGGUGAGAAAGGGGGAAUGGAGAUGGAUAUCAAGCAGAAAGAAAAUCAGACGCCAUCACGAGUCAUAGAUGAGCAGACGACGAGAUUAAGUGCUGUCACGAAUUCGACGAGAAAAUUUGUAAGGAGGGCUAGUCUUGCCAGUACCGAUUAUGGGGAUGGAGAGGUCUCCGACUGGGACGAGAUUUUGGACCGGCUAUGA